GGCUUUGGGGCUUCCCUGAGAUGGGCUUUGUGACUCCCGCCUGAACCCCGGGAAGCUGGGGAAGCCCGCUGCCUCCCCUUCAGACCCAGGGCCAAGGUCAUUGCUUGUCCCCAGCGCCUGCCGGUGUGCUCACUGGGGGAAGGGCCAAGAGAUCCGGAGGAAGCUUAGAGGGGAGGUUGGCAGGGAGCAUCCUGUCAGUUCUAUUCAUAAAUCCCUGGGCCGUGGCCCCUGUCUCGGGGCUGGCUCCCCACCCAGGAAGCCGCUUGGCUUGUCAGACCCGUCUUGGCUCUAGGAGGGUUGAUGUGGGGAGGCCAAACCUGCCCUGGCUUUUUGCCUUUGACAGCAUGGCCACCCAGGGGCCAGGGCCUCUCCAACAGCUGCUCCUUCUGUUUCUGGUUUCAGGUGCCUCCGGAGCGUCGUCUGCAGCCCUCGAUGCCGCGCCCUCUCUUGGGAGAGGCCAGUCCUCCAGUCCUAGUGCAGCCCCGGGCCAGAGUGCCUCUUCCCCCGGCCUCCGUGGGAACUUGACGGUGCUGAGUGGAAAAGCCUCCCUCACCACGGGCUGGAGUGGCCACGCCUCGUCUCCCCCAGUCCGGGAUGGGACUGCGGGCCCGCUCCAAGUCCCUUCUGGAUGGUCCAUCCCUCGAGGGGCUGGAGGCCCCUUGUCCGUGCUCGUGGGUGCUCCCAUCUCUCUACACUUAGCUCCAGCUCCAGCCCUGGGCCCACCCAGUCCGCUCGUGGUUUGGCGUCGGGGCCGCACCGUGCUGGCGGCUGGGACCCUGGGCAUCGAGGACUCCCCACCCAGUCUGGCCCCAGCUUACCAGGCCCGGCUCCGCUUUGACCAGGCAACUGGUGCCCUGGAGCUGAGGCAGGCAGAGCUGGAGGACAGCGGGCACUACACGGCCGAGGUGAUUCACGCGGGGCGCGAACGGGAGCUCCGGGAGGUCACAGUCCGCGUAUAUGAGCCGCUGCCCCAACUGGCGGUGAUACCCGCAGACCCCGUGACGGAGGAGGGGGCCACCGCGCUGCGGCUGCGCUGCGUGGGAGCCCGGCCGGGCCAGGGUCAACUCAGCUGGAGCCAAGAUGGUAGGCCUCUGGGAGCGGAGAGCGGAGAUGGCGAUGGUUCUGCCCGGCUGAGGCCCGAUGGAAUCGACCUGGUCAUCGCGCGUCCAAAGAGGACAGACCAAGCAAACUACACAUGCCGCGUGCAAAGCCCAUUCGGAGCCAGGCAGGCCACCACGGCUGUGACUGUUUUGUACGGCCCGGAUCCCCCGGUCAUCACCAUCUCCUCGGACCAGGACGAGAGCCCCGCCCACUAUGUCUCCGUGGGCAGCAAUGUGACCCUGCGCUGCAAUGCCGCCUCUAGGCCGCCCGCCGAGCUCUCCUGGAGUCUGGCUGACCCACGGGAAGCCGCCGUGCCCGCGGGGCCCCGACUCCUCCUGCCCGGCGUGGGGCCAGCCCACACGGGAGCCUAUGCCUGCCUCGCGGCCAAUCCACGAACCGGACUCCGGCGCCGCGGGCUACUCAACCUCACAGUAGCUGCCCCGCCUCCCGGCUCCCCGCGCUGCUCCCUGCAAGGCUCCCCGGGUGACCGGAGCCUCCUCCUGGGGUGCACGUGGCCCGGAGGCGUCCCUGGAGCCUCAGUACAAUGGACAGGGCUGCCCCGCGAUGUCCCCGCGGGCCCCGCGCCCUCUUCGCUGCUCGUCUCGGUCCCUGCGGGGCCACAGCUCAGUGGAGUCACCUUCACGUGCCUCGGGCGCCACCUCGCGGCCACGAGGAGCUGUAGCGUCACUCCCAAGGCCCCCCAGGAAGUGCUGCUGAAGUUGGAAACCGAUGGGUCUAGGUCUUCGGAGGCCCUGGUGACCCUGGAGGCCACGGGCUGCCCUCCACCAGCCAGAGUGUCCUGGGCUCGGGAAGGACGGCCACUUGCACCCGGGGGUGGGAGCCGCCUAAAGCUGAGCCCUGAUGGUCGGAGGCUUCUCCUUGGCAACUUCAGCUUGGAUCAUGAUGUGGGGAACUACUCUGUGCUGUGCAGUGGGGCCCUUGGGGCUGGUGGGGACCGGAUCACCCUCACUGGGCCUUCCAUCUCCUCUUGGCGGCUACAGCCUUCUGAUGGGGCAGCUGUCCUGACGUGGGAUGUGGAACGUGGGUGUGUGAUCAGUGGCUUCGAAGUGCAGGCACGGACAGAGAGGCCAGAAGCAGGGGCCAUAGGCUUGAGUGGAGGUGCCUGGACAUCUUUGCUACUCCUGGGGCCCAGGGAACGAUCGGCUGUGGUGAUUUUGCCCUCCCAGCCCCCAGGGCCUUGGAAACUUCGUGUGCUUCCCACUCUGGGUGGUCAGCCUGGGACCCCUUCCUCCAGUCAGAGCUACCGGGCCGGUUUCAUCCUGAGCCCUGGGGCCAUUGCAGGCAUUGUGCUGGGCACUUUGCUGGGCUUGUCCCUCCUGGCAGCUCUGCUGAUUCUGCUUGGAUGCUGUGCAUGUCGGUUAAGGGGAAACUACAAGAAGAAGCCCAUGAUCUUCCCCCCUGCCACCUGCACCCCAGAGAAGACCCAGAAUGUAACCCCUGUGGGAACCCCACAGCCUGCCCUCAAUGGUUUUGCCACAGAACCCAGUCCAACCUGGGCUUGCCCUGUUGUGGUCCCCAGCCAGGUCUCUGCUGCCAAAGGAGCCCCCCGAACAGUGCGGGCAGCCACCCAGGUGUAAAAGAAUUCCAGGAUGGACCUUCGCUCCAGACUGACCCAGAAACCCUCAAGUACCUUUCAGCCACCCAAGCCAGAGCUCAGCUGGAGACGAUGGAAACUGCCCUGGUCUCUGCUUAUUUCAUCUGGGCCUCUUCCAGCCUCCUUAGCUGUCGUCUAAGCAGCCUGCUUUCUGGCAUUCAGCAGAAGCCCCUGGCCUGAGGCUCUGCGUCUUCCCACCUCCAUUAAAAACCCUCCUCAUCA